AUGGCUAAGAAACAUAUUGCCAACUUACACUUAUAUAAGUACCCUUUACCAAUCCAUCCUACCCAACUACCUGUGUUAUAUCCCCACAAUCCAAUUUCCUGGCUAUACUGGAUAUUUCAUUAUAUCAAACAUGUUUAUUAUGACAAUGUGUUACAUAACUCGCCGCAAAUAACAUUUAUAAUAAAAAAGAAAAAUGAAGAAAAUGACAAAUUUGUUCAAAUAUCCGUUGUAAAUAAAAAACAUAUGGAGUAUUUAUGGUAUAACGGCUUUUUUGGAAAGGGUAGUUUAUCAAGAAGUCAGCCUACAUGGUUUAAAAGAAAUAAUAGCAGGACGACUAAAAACAAUAAUUUGACAACAACAACUUUGGAGGAUGUAACAAAAGUUAGGAGACAACAGAGAAUGAAAUUUAAGCAGGAAAGGGAAAAAUUUGAAGUCAAACAAUUGGAGUUAAGAAAACAAGGUAUAGUUGAUUCCGAACAAUUGCUAGUUAACGAACGUGAAUUUUUACGAACAAUGAGAAACAAAGAAUUGCAGUUUGUUAAUGAUGAGAAUAAGGUUAAUAAUUUUAAUGUCCUUAUAGAUUGUGAAGAGUUGAUAUUGAUGCCUGUUGAAGCAUUUUUUUUAAUUUUUGCUGUGCCUGUUCUGGACAUGAAUGUAAAUAGUUUUGUACAUGCCAUACAACCAUGUAUUGAUACAUUAACGUUUAUUAAAGAAUAUUCGGUAUACCAUUUUUAUAGAUCACACGGAUGGUGUGUAAGAGAUGGGAUAAAGUUUGGUUGUAAUUAUUUACUUUACAAGAGAGGCCCCCCAUUUUCUCAUGCAGAGUUUGGAAUUAUUAUAUCAAGCUCCUUUGAUCAAAAAAAUAACUUUAAUUAUUAUUCUACCAUAUCCAGGGUUGUUGGAGGUGCAAGCAAAACAGUAGUGUUAUGUUAUGUUGAAUUUACUAAAGAUGAAGACCAUAUUUUAAAAUUGUGGGAAAAAAAAUAUUACAAACAAGUCUUUGAAAGUUGUAUAAAGAUUUCAGAAGUUGUAUAUAAAAGAUGGAUGCCUGGCAAAAACAGAGAUUAG